AUGAGUGCCUGCUUGAACUCAUUCGAUACUUUUGGCUUCGAGUGCGAAUCUGUCAUGUUCUAUCCAGUAGAUCAGGAAUGUAUCCUCAACACCGAGGAUCGUCUAGACAGGCCAGAUCUCUUCGCCGAUGAAGUUGAAGAUACUGUGAUCUACAUGGACAACAACUGUGCUGGAUCUCAAUGCUAUGCUCCCUACAUCACCCAGUACAUCGCUGUCGAGGGUAAACAACUCGAAAAUGAACUUGAUCGCAUCAUCAACGUCGAUAUUGACUCCUGCCAAAGCCUUUGCACUCAAAGAUUAUCAUUAACGGUAAUUGCUUGUUAA